GUAGCUCACGCUCAAACUUUGCCAGUAGGUCCUGAGCAACGGAUUUUCAGCACGGUGACGCCAUGGUGAAGCUCUGCAUCUUCCUCACUAUCGUCGCUACCGCUCUCGCUGCGAAAGACUUCGAGCCACAGUGCGAUCAAGGGCCAGAUGUCGGCCUCUGCAAGGGGUUUUUCCCGAUGUGGUGGUUCAACACCAAAACGGGAAAAUGUGAAGAGUUCGUCUACGGUGGUUGUGGCGGUAAUGGUAACAGAUACGAGACAAAGGAAGAGUGUGAAGAAACCUGCUCGGUCAAAACACUGACCUCCAGGAAAGAAGAAACUGCAGCGGCUUCGACUGUAGCAACGGAAGACUUUCACUCAG